AUGAUGAUGAAGAAUGGAAGUAAUAACCAAUCAUCUGUUGCCGUAGCACAAAUACCAAGGAAGAAACAAUUCUAUAAAACAAAAAUGUGUCCUUGGUUUUUUUCAGGGAGGUGUGAUAGAGGUAUGGAAUGUUUAUUUGCACAUUCUCAAGGUGAAUUAAAUCCCAUCCCUGAUUUAAGUUUUACUAGUUUAUGUCCCUUAACAAAGAAAUCGGGCUUAUGUAAAAAUGAAAAAUGUAGUUAUGCACAUUCUGUAUGUGAAUUAAGGCCUACAGGAGAUUUAUAUAAAACUGCUCCGUGUACAAAAUUUUUAAGAGGAAAAUGUAACGCUGAGGAACAUUGUAGACAUGCUCAUUUUGUUGAAGAGUUACGACCCUUACCUGGAAAUUUGGCCCCCUCACAAAGUGCUAUUAAUUUGAUGCUGUCAUCUUCUAUAAAUAACCCUAUACAAAAAGGACACAAGAAAAAUAACCAUCACCACAACAAUAAAAAUAAUAACCACAAUAAUAAUAAUAAUAAUAAUAAUCACAAUAACAAUAACAAUAAUAAUAACACUUGGGAAAAUAAGAAAAAUGAAAAGUAUAUGAAGAAAUCCAAUUGCUUAUCAGAGUCGUACCCAUCAUCUGGUAAUUUGAACAACAAUGGCAAUAGUAAUAUGAACGGAAAUCAUAACAGGUAUAACAAAAAGUUUGUGAAAAAUGCAAGCUCAGAUAAUACCAAUAUUAACAACAGCAUGAACAGCAGUAUGAAUAGUAGUAUGAACACAAAAGUAAACAAUAAUUUUAACAGUAGCAUGACCAAUAGUAUUAAUAGUAAUGUCAGCACGAAUUCUCAGAGUAACGUACAUAACCAUAUACAUAAUAAAAUGCAUAAUCAUAUCCAUGGUACUAUGAAUAGUAAUAUGAAUAACAAAAGUUACAAGAAAAGUUCUUCCUAUCCAAAUAAAAUCCAGGCACACCUAAAGAAUAAGGAAAUCAACGAAGAACAUAAUAACAUGAACAAUUUGAACUUUAGAAAGUAUUUAAACAAUAAUGGAAAUAUGGAACAUAAUACAAACGCCACAUCGAAUAUAAUGAGUAGCUUUAAUUUGGCACAGGUACAAACUUUGUGUAACCAAGGGAAUGAAGCAAGUAAUUCAUAUAAUACCAUGAAUGAUAUGAUAUAUAAGGAGGGUAAUAUGAAUGGAAAUAUGCAUGGAAAUAUGCAUGGAAAUAUGCAUAGCAAUAUGCAUAGCAAUAUGUAUGGUAGUAUGUAUGGUAGUAUGUAUGGAAAUAUGCAUGAAAAUAUGAGUGUUUUUAUGAAUGGAAAUAUGAAUAUUCUUAUGAAUGUACCCAUGAAUGAAUAUAUGAAUGCACAUAUGAAUACCAAUAUUAAUAACAACCAAUUUUAUAAUUUAAACAAUCCAAAAAGUAACGAAGGCUUAAUGAAUCAUUAUUCCUCUUUUUCUACAAAGGAACCUUCCACACCUAUGAGAAUGUCAAGCAAUUCAUCCAAAGAUUUUACUUCUAAUAAUGAAGAGAAUAAUUUUGCUGAUACUAUUGAACACAUGGAAAUUACUGCUCAAGAUAGUGCCUUGAAGGUUAUUGAAGAUGAUACUGACAAAAUGAAUUCUUCGGAUAUUAAAAACUUUUUAAAUUUACUACAUUUGAAAAAUUCAGGUAGUUUUAAUGAGCAAAACUUUUUGUUUAAUGAUGAUGAUUGUGUAAAUAAUGUAAAUAUGAAUGAUUUAAAUAAUAUAAAAAGCAUAUAUAAUAUGAAUGACAUGAAUCAUAUGAACAGCAUAAACAAUAAUAGUAAUAAUUUUAGUAAUACCAAUCCAUCCUAUUUACAAACCUAUGAUUCCUUAACAAGUUUAGGGAAUGAACAUUUGGAACAACCAUUAUGUUUAGAAAAACAUUUAGCAGAACAAUAUGUUCAUAAUAACAUGAUUGAAACAACUAAGAAUCAAGAUAAUAAUAUGAAUGAUUUUAAAUCUAAUGAAAAUUUACAAAAUGCAUAUAAUAAAUUAAAUAAUAAUUCUUUAAUUAGUUGCUCAAAUUUCUGGAAUUGUACAGAAGAUGAGUUAUCUACCUCAGCCCCCCAAAUGGCCCAGAAGGUGGAAAUUUUUGAUUAUUAA